AUGGCCACCUCCAAAGCCCCAAUCUCCUGCCACGUCCUCGACACCGUGAUCGGCCGCCCCGGCGCCUCCAUAAAAGUGACGCUGUCCUGCCUCUCCGCGCCCAACAAGCAAUUCGGCUCCAUCCCUCACACCUUCACCGGCGUCACCAACUCCGACGGGCGCAUCGCGGAGUGGGAGAACAAGUUCGGCGUUGAGGUGUGGUCGGUCGUCAAUGAGGGCAGCGACGAGGAUGAGAAAAAUGGGACGACGGUGUGGAGUCUGAAGUUCGAUACUGAGGGGUAUUAUGGCGAGGGGAAGACGUUUUGGCCGUAUGUUGAGUUGACGUUUAGGGUCAAGAAGGGGGAGCACUAUCAUGUGCCGCUGCUGCUGGGGCCGUAUAACUAUACCACUUACCGGGGAAGCUAG